AUGCCGCAAUACGCUAAGUCAGGCAUCGUGCUCGUGUGCGACAACCAGCACGGGCAACUAGGCCGCCCAGCGCCCUCCCAGGACGGCACUCCGGCGCCAGUGCAGGGGCUGGAGCAGCUGGAGGUGCUGCUGGUGGUGGCGGGGUCGCAGCAGGGCCUGGUGCUGUGCCGCGCACUGCAGGGCUCUGAAGCCGCCCUGGAGCCCCAGGAGUUUGACGACACACGCGUGCUCACUGAGGAGCAUGUGUCGCCUGCAUCCUGCCUGAUCCCCGGACAAGUGGCCGGAGAGAGUUGGGGGAGGGGCGUCAGCGGCGGAGCAGGGGGGCACGGGAGGGGAGGGGGCGGUGGCGCGGGACAUGUGGAUGAAGUUUGGGGAGGAGUUCAAGAUGCUGCCCCGGCAGGGCAUGGACAGCAGCAUGCGCAACCCGUGCUGGCGCGUGCAGGCGGGGAGUGCGGGGAGAAGUACCUGCGCCAGGAACUUAACCCUCAUCCAUCUGGCCCGCUCUGCCGUUCCCCAUUCUUUUCCAAUCUCCCUCUCUUGCCCACAUUGCCUGCAUGCCUAUCCCUUUCGCUCCCUCCCAGGGCGGGCACGCAGGACCUGUACCGCAAGCUCACCUCCUCCAUCAUCCCGGGCAUAUUCCCAGCCGCCAUCCCCAACCCCCAAUGGUACGACCCGCCUUCUCCCCAACUCACGUCAUGGCGGGACCGCAACGGGGCACGGGACUUUGCGUGGUACGUGGCGCUGUUUGACGAGGCAGCGCAGCACAUGGUGAACACGGGGGGCAGCGCGGUGACAGGCGAGGCGUCCAGCACGCUGCUCACCAGCUCAGGCGUGGUGCUGCGAGGCCACGUGGACGACAGGCACACGGUGCCGCAGCUGCUGCACCUCGUGCUGCCCAGGAGCAAGUUCAUUGUCAUCCUCCGCAACCCUGUCGACCGCUUCUUCUCCGAGUUUAAUCUUGCUGCUGCCGUCAACCCCUCCGUUCCCAGGGACUUUCAUAAAUACUCGGAUGCGAUUCUGGUCAAUGCAAAUGCGCAUUGCAUCGCGCACAGCAGCAUUGUGAGUGCCAGUCCUCCCUUUGCCGGUCCCGCAGCGGAGCAGAUGGUUUGGGAGACGUGGGCCGAAGUAGGUGAAGCGAGGAGGCAGGCUGUGGCGGUGGUUUCCUCUACAGCCAGGCGUCUUGGGAGAGCUGCUCGGCUGUUAGGGUUUGGGCUGAAGAGCGGGAAAAGAGCCGCGAUGCUAGGGUGCAGUGAGCUGCUGGUGGCGCUGAGUAAAUGCGCUGUUGCGGCCGUUAACGCCAGGUGGCUGGGAAACUGCUCGGCGGCUGGGUCUGAGAGGCCGAGACCGCCCAGGGAUGUUGGGAGGGAGGUCUGGCGCCAAGGGAGGUCUGGCGCCAAGGGAGGUCUGGCGCCAAGGGAGGUCUAA